AAAGCGCAUUCCGGAACUAAAGCGCUCGACCCUGGGACGAUUUACUACGGCACCCAAAGGGAGCGCACAGCCGGCUCUUCCUGCGCGACAGUUUGUGUCUUAGCAACUAAGCGUAGCAACUACGAAAUCGGGCGUUGCGGGUCCUAUCUGAGGGGCUUCGAAAACCUUCUAGCUGUAUCCAGCGUCCUAGGUGAGGGAACUGUCUCUUUCCUUGCCUGGGACUCUGGAACCGUCUGUUUCUGAUGAAACAUGCCCGAACUAUCUGACAGAUUGCUGAAGCUAAAAGAGAUGUUUAACUCUAAAUUUGGGUCCACACCCAAGUUUUAUGUUCGAGCACCAGGAAGAGUCAACAUAAUAGGUGAGCACAUAGAUUAUUGUGGAUAUUCUGUUAUUCCCAUGGCUGUGGAACAAGACAUGUUAAUAGCUGUGGAACCUGUGAAAACACACACUCUCCAACUGGCUAAUACAGACCCCUUGUAUCCAGACUUCAGUACUACAGCUAAUAACAUCUGUAUCGACAAGACCAAACCUGUAUGGCACAAUUACUUCCUAUGUGGAUUUAAGGGAAUUCAGGAACACUUUGGCCUUAGUAAGCUGCCUGGAAUGAAUUGCCUGGUAGAUGGAAAUAUACCCCCGAGUUCGGGCCUCUCCAGCUCCAGUGCUCUGGUUUGCUGUGCUGGGUUAGUGACUCUCACAGUGCUGGGAAUGAGACUCUCUAAGGUGGAACUUGCAGAAAUCUGUGCCAAGAGUGAGCGUUACAUAGGCACUGAAGGUGGAGGCAUGGACCAGUCCAUAUCAUUCCUUGCAGAAGAAGGAUCUGCCAAGUUAAUAGAAUUUAGCCCUCUGAGAGCAACUGAUGUGCAGCUCCCCAGUGGGGCAGUCUUUGUGAUUGCCAACAGCUGUGUGGAAAUGAACAAGGCAGCCACUUCACAUUUCAAUGUCAGGGUGAUGGAGUGUCGACUGGCGGCAAAGGUCCUUGCUAAACACAAAGGCUUGCAAUGGGAUAAUGUCCUGCGGUUAGAGGAAGUGCAAAGCAAACUAGGGAUGAGUCUGGAAGAGAUGCUGUUGGUCACAGAGGAUGCCCUUCAUCCUGAACCCUACAGCCGGGAGGAGAUCUGCAGGUGCCUGGGAAUUAGCCUGGAGAAACUCCGCACCCAGAUCCUGACUGCAAAUACUCAGGACGAACUCACCUUUAAGCUCUACCAGCGGGCCAAGCAUGUGUACAGUGAGGCUGCACGCGUGCUGCAGUUUAAGCAGGUGUGUGAAGAUGCACCAGACAAUGCAGUCCAGCUGCUGGGGGAGCUAAUGAACCAGAGCCACAGAAGCUGCCGGGACAUGUAUGAGUGCAGCUGCCCUGAGCUGGACCAGCUAGUGGACAUCUGCCGGAAGUUUGGGGCCAAAGGCUCACGACUUACUGGAGCAGGAUGGGGAGGCUGCACUGUGUCCCUAGUGCCCGCUGACAUGCUGUCCAGCUUUCUCGCCAGUGUGCAUGAAGCUUAUUAUCAGGGGAACACAUCCCGCCUGGCUCUGGAGAAGCAUAGCUUGUUUGCCACCAAGCCUGGAGGCGGGGCCUUGGUUUUCCGUGAGGCCUAAACAAUGUCAAACAUCUCAGAGAAACUAUUUUGGGCAUUAAGGAGCUGGCGGGAUUUCCUGUGCCACAGUAAAUCAGCCCCUUUUCUGUUUUGUGUUAUGAGGUACAGUAGCUAUUAUCAAGAUGCAUUUCUAAAGAAAUGGUGAAAGCUAGACUUCAUAAUGACUACUUUUCUUUCUUACGUGUAUUUUUAUGAAUCAGAGCCAAGGAUAUGCUUAGAUAGACCUUUGAAAUAUGAUUAAGAUUUAUUGAUGUGAAGAUUUAAAAGAUGAACAGCGAAAUGUACUUUUAAUUAAACACUCUGCUCCAAUUAAACUGAUAGAGCUGAACUGUGUGUUGCUCUUGAAUGGCGGCCACUGCUGGCUUCCCUUAGCCCUCUUCCACAUUGUUGAAGUCUUCUGAUAUGGUAGAGAAUGAUGACGAUAAAUGUGGUGACUCUAGUGACUGUGGCGACUCUGAUGGUGAUGAUGAUCCUCCAUAUUCCUCCUUGAGUUUUGCCUCAACACGCUAGGAACAAAGUGCAUGGUUAAGGGUUUGCAGACAUUAGACACACACAGUACACUUGAAUGUCAGAUUUCUACAUCUCUGAAGAUGGUGAAGAUCACUUUGGGAGGAGGAGCCAAAAGAUAGAUUUCAGAAGACAAUUUGAAUUGACUGUCCUUCCACUAGCACUUCCACUUGUCCAAUGCCUUUCCAGCCUGGCAGCCCCACCCGUACCUCACAUCCUUCUUGUGGCUGCCUGGCAAGGCUUGUUUGUCUACCUGGUUCCCUGUAGGGCAGAUGUAGGGCAGUAUACAGCUUUGGGUGAAUAAUCAAAAGCCUAAAGUGUAAACAGACAGUGAUAGAGUAAGGGCACAAGUCUCUGGUCACGUGGUGACAGGCCAGUGGCAGACAUCCGGAAGUCCUUUCUAAGUUUCAUGGCAGAUGAAAGAGGGUUUGGUUAAAACAAUCAGGUGACAGAAGUAGCUUGUAUUGUGUUUGGGAUCACCAUGGUUUUUGUUUCUUAUGACUGUAAGAAACAAAAGGCAUUAAAAGGCAUUCAGAGGCUGAGUUUCUUCAUCUGCCUGUUUCCAAAAGACAUAGGCACACCAAAGUAUUUCUUAAAGGACAAGUCACUGGGAAACCAAGAUUCAUCCU